UGCCCACUUGAUCAUCAAAAAUAAGUCGUUUUAAAGCUCAUUAGUAGAUAGGACUUUCUUUUCCCAUCCUUCCUAUAUCACCUGGCCCUUAGUUCUUAGUUCUUACUUUGAGUAGUUCCCACUUCCCACUCUACUCACCCACUUCAUUUGCUCUCUCACCCCUCCUUUCCUUUCAUGCCAUGGCAACAAACUCAAACCAAGCUCUCCUCUCCACCCUCUUCUUGGCCUUAAUCUUUCUCAAUUUUCCGGCAGCCAUAAGGCCCGACAACGCGUGCCCAUACCCGUGUUAUCCACCACCCACCGGCCCUGGCAACACCCCGACAACUCCGGUGGCCACAACAUCGCCGCCACCGCCAUACCAAAUAGAGUCAUACCCACCUCCAGCUGGAUACAACCCUACUACACCAACAGGGAAUUUACCAUAUUACACUCCACCACCACCUUUCGAUUCUAAUUUAGGUGGUGCCCCUCCCCCUCCUGACCCUAUAUUGCCCUACUUCCCAUACUAUUUCAGAGAACCUCUUCAUGGAGAGGCUCAGUCAUCAGCUACUACACUUGGAAGACCAAUAUGGGUUAUGAUGGCCAUGGUUAAUCUUCUUGUUUUUAUUUUUCUUUUUUCUUCCUAUGUAUAACUCAUUAAAAAUUUGGAUGUAACUAGUUAAGCUAGCUAUUGUUGCAUAUGAGUAAGAACUAUUCGGCAAAAGUGAAAGCUUUGUGCACUGGGUACGACUUUUUUAUCUGAGAAAGAAUUUGGUAGAAAUAGUUAUGUUAUAUUUUUAGUUGCAGAAAUGUGAAGCAAUGGUUAUGAACUCAGAGAAGAGCUUUUGAUGAGGAGGAUGAUAUGGCCCAAAAGCUUGACUUUAUUGUUUGGUAAUGUAAAGGAAUCUAGUUUUUCUUUUAUGUGUC